UUUUAUGAAUAAGAAUCAGAAGCCGGUGCUAACAGGCCAGCGGUUCAAAACUAGGAAGAGGGAUGAAAAGGAGAAAUUUGAACCCACAGUCUUCAGGGAUACGAUUGUUCAAGGCCUCAAUGAAGCUGGGAGUGACCUGGAGGCUAUAGCCAAGUUUCUGGAUGCAACUGGCUCACGGCUUGAUUAUCGCCGUUAUGCUGACACACUCUUUGAUAUUUUGGUAGCGGGCAGCAUGCUAGCUCCUGGAGGCACACGCAUAGAUGACAAUGACAAGACCAAGAUGACCAGCCACUGUGUAUUUUUUGCAGAUGAAGAUCACGAUGCCAUCCGAAACUAUGCUCAGGUCUUCAAUAAACUUAUCAGGAGAUACAAAUAUCUGGAGAAAGCAUUUGAAGAUGAAAUCAAAAAGCUUCUGCUGUUUCUUAAAGCCUUUACUGAGACAGAACAGACAAAGCUGGCAAUGCUUUCUGGCAUCCUGUUAGCCAAUGGGACUCUUCCUGCUACAAUUUUAACAAGCCUCUUCACUGACAAUAUAGUCAAAGAAGGGAUUGCAGCCUCUUUUGCUGUAAAGCUUUUUAAAGCAUGGAUGGCAGAGAAAGAUGCCAAUUCUGUUACCUCUGCUUUAAGGAAAGCCAACCUCGAUAAGAGAUUGCUAGAGCUAUUUCCAGCCAACCGGCAGAAUGUGGACCAUUUUGCCAAGUAUUUUACUGAAGCAGGUCUAAAAGAGCUCUCAGAUUUCCUUAGAGUUCAGCAGUCACUGGGGACUCGUAAAGACAUCGUUUCUGGUUGAUUGGAAAUGUUCCUUAAGACAGCAGUUUAUUUCCUGCUCCAGGUAGUGCUUUAUGUAAAGGAGGAAAUGAAAAGAAAUGAGCUGCCAGAGCCAGCGGUGAUCGGUCUCCUGUGGACCUGUGUCAUGAAUGCUGUGGAAUGGAACAAGAAAGAAGAGCUGGUUGCAGAGCAAGCCCUCAAACAUCUAAAGCAAUAUGCCCCCCUGCUUGCUGUGUUCAGCACUCAAGGCCAGUCAGAGUUGAUUCUUCUCCAGAAGGUGCAGGAGUACUGCUACGACAACAUCCACUUCAUGAAAGCCUUUCAGAAGAUAGUGGUACUCUUUUAUAAAGCUGAUGUUCUGAGUGAAGAAGCUAUCCUCAAGUGGUAUAAAGAAGCACAUGUUGCUAAAGGCAAAAGUGUUUUUCUUGACCAGAUGAAGAAGUUCGUGGAGUGGCUGCAAAAUGCUGAAGAAGAGUCAGAGUCUGAAGGGGAGGAGAACUGAGACGGUUCGACAAAGCACAGUCUCAAUCUAGGUUAAUGCCAAAUGCGCUUGGGAAUGCCGUACUGUUCAAGCAGAGGCUUUACUUCAGUGUCAUACAGAAAACUAUAGGCUAGGCUUUCCUUUUGUUUAGAAGAAUAAAGGUUUAUAAUGGAGCCCUGAGGCAUUAGAUGCUUUACUUGGGACUCUACCUCUGGCUCAUUGUACACUAACUUAGGCAAAGACAUUCAGCAAGGAGCCAUAUAGAAAAAGUGAAAUGAAAUACUUAUGGACUCCUUUUUAUUAACGGUCUUUUUCAGGUACUAUGGUAUAUGAACACUCCAAUUUCUGUUUAUAGAACUUGUUUGGUCUGUGUUUGUAGCUCAAUAUUGGCUUGUGUAUGUGAUUUGACACCACCACAUUUUUUUGAAUAAAUGGCUUUUAUAUCUUA